CCGCAUCGCAGCUGCUCUGAUCCCACAAUUUCCACCGCACAAUUGGAGGCUGCUGUCAGAAUGGCCAUCGCAGAUUAUAAGAGGUAUUUGGCCGAGAAUGUCCUCAAUGAGCGACGGACGGUCACCUACCGAUCCUUAGGUCGAGCUCUUCGGGUUCAUAGCACAUUGGCUAAGCAGAUGCUUUACGAUUUCCACCAUAACGAGAACAACAAGAAACCGAACAGCGUCAAUGCGACCUACAUUAUCACUGGAGUCCAGAAAGCACCAGAGCUAACAUCUGCAACAAAUGGGGUCCUCGACAGUUUCGACGAUAGCAAUGGAAUUCCGCAGAGUAGUCCGUACGUGAGCAGCUCGAUGCCGAACCAGGACGCUGUCACGGAUGAAAUUGCGAUCUCCUCGGUUUUGCUGGUGCGCGAAGAGGACUUGGAGGAUGCCAAAUCGACGUUCGAGACCAUCUCAUCGUUAUAUGUCUACAGUCUUCAACCUACCGUGCUUCAGGAUCUCAAUGUCUUGACGGAUGUGGCUGGGGAAAUGGUGGCCAACCAUGCUCAGGAGGAUCCCUUGGAAUACGGCACAUCUUGGGGCAUGAUUCAGGGUAAUAAUGUCAGGAGAAGAACCGGUGGUCGGCCGCCUGUCCCCGCCGCUCCAGCACCACCCAAGACGACGAUACCGGCUAAACGUCCUAUCAAAAACGAAGAGCCACCCCAUCCAAAGACAGAACCUGAGGAGAAAGCCCCAAAGGUUGAGCCAUCGACUAAACGCGAAGAGACCCCAGUAUCUACCAAGCCUACUGAGAAGACAGCCCCGCCCAAACAGAAGGGCAGUAUCUUUAGUUCCUUCGCAAAGGCGAAGCCGAAACAGAAGAAGGAGGAAUCAGCAACACCAGCUCCUUCUGCGGCCGAAUCGGUCGAACCCAGUGGCGCUGAAGAUGUGGUACUAGGGGACGCAUCGGACGAGGAUGAAGAGCCCGAAGAGCUCUUCCCAGACUCAGGGAAGUCUGCGCCCGCCGGCACUCGCGAAUCACGGAAAGAGCGUGAAGAGAAGCUCAGGAAGAUGAUGGAAGAAGAGGAUGAAGAUGAAGAUGAAGAAAUGCCCGAUGCUGCGCCAUCGCCGGAAGAGUCAAACCCCAUCGACGAGCCUCCGCCGAAGCAGGCUGAACUGAAGGAGGAGGUCACCGUUGGAGGCGGCCGUCGCAGAGGCAAGCGCCAAAUCUUGAAGAAGAAGACGGUUAAGGACGAGGAAGGCUACCUUGUGACCAUUGAGGAGCCGAGCUGGGAGUCAUUCUCGGAGGAUGAGCCGGCACCGCCUCCGAAGAAGAAGCCGGUUGCUAGUGCGCCCAAGGCUAAGUCGGCAGCGAAACCAGGACAGGGCAACAUCAUGUCCUUUUUUUCAAAGAAAUGAACGCCAUCAAUCUCUUUCAGGUUCUCUCUUGCGUCAGGUUCUGUAUGCCUGACGACCAUAUGUCUUACAUGGACAUAGCUAUCAUGAUCGCACCCUCAUACGCUAGUUAGCAUUGCAGCAGUUUAUUCAGUGAAAUCAGCUAUCCAAGUGCCGACCAUGAUUCUCGGCUCAAACUAAUUGCAAACCUUUUU